GUCUCCGGUAUUUUCCCCCCACGAAGUAAGCACGCUUUCUUUUGUUUGUUUAUUUAUUUAAUAUUUUGUUUAAAUAUCGGAAAGCGGGAUUCGUUUUACAAGUCGUGGGUUCGUUUUCCUGUGGCCUCUGCUACCGCCCUGCUUUUUCUCGAAGAGCCCACCUCAGAAUGGCAGACCCAGAAAAUCUCCUCAUGGAGACAUCGGACCACAAUGGGAACGAUGGGGAGGAGGACCAGAAUGGCGCUGAGCAAGAGCAGGAACAGGAGUUGAUGGCAGGAGAGGAGGACUGCCAGGACGGCCUGGAUAUCCAAGAAGACAUCCAAGAGGACAUCCAGGAAGAUGUCCAGGAUAACAACGGUGCUGAGGGUGGCGACGGAGCCGACGGUGGCAAAAUUGACGCCAGCAAAGGAGAGGAAGAUGCUGGAAAAAUGUUUGUGGGUGGCCUCAGCUGGGAUACGAGUAAAAAGGACCUCAAGGAUUAUUUCAGUAAGUUUGGUGAGGUAUCGGACUGUACCAUCAAGAUGGACUCAAACACCGGCCGAUCCCGAGGCUUUGGCUUCGUCCUCUUCAAAGAGGCCGCCAGCGUGGAAAAGGUGCUGGAGCAGAAGGAACACAGACUGGACGGACGUCCCAUCGACCCAAAGAAGGCGAUGGCCAUGAAGAAGGAGCCCGCCAAAAAGAUCUUUGUUGGGGGUUUGAACCCUGAGGCGACAGAGGAUGCCAUCAGGGAAUAUUUUGGCGCUUUCGGAGAGAUUGAAACCAUUGAGCUGCCCAUCGACCCCAAAUCAAAGAAAAGGAGGGGCUUCAUCUUCAUCACAUACAAAGAUGAGGCAAGCGUCAAGAAGUGUCUGGAGAAGAAAUACCACACCAUCCAGGGCGGCAGGUGUGAGCUGAAGAUCGCCCAGCCGAAGGAAGUUUACCAACAGCAGCAGUACGGGGCGGGGCGCGGUGGCGGAGGAGGUGGUGGCGGCGGUGGCUACGGAGGUCGUGGAGGCCGAGGGCGUGGAGGUCAAGGUCAGGGCUGGAACCAGAGCUAUGGAAACUACUGGAACCCAGGAUACGGUAACCAGGGCUACGGCUACAGUGGAUAUGGAGGCUACGGCAACUAUGACUACUCUUCUGGUUACUAUGGAUACGGUCCCGGUUAUGAUUAUACUGACCAGGGCAACGGCAGCUACGGCAAAACUCCAAGACGGGGAGGACACCAGACCGGCUACAAGCCAUACUGAUCACACAGCGCAUGGACUCCAGUGAUCCAGUGAGACCGACGGCUGGAUGGACACACUGGGCGUAACUCGACCUCUUUUAUGACAGAAGACCAUUUGUACAGAAAACAUCUGAAAUGUAACUUUUUUUUUUUAAUCCUAUCAUUUUUAGGUUUUACUUUUCCCUUUGGUGUUUUUUUUUCCUUUUUUUCGUCCCCCUUCCACAUUUCCAUCAAUGGAAGUGUAAUUUUUACUGUACUUUUUGGUACCCGUUUUGAUUCUAAUGUAUUGUAAGGCUUGUAUUUUACAUGUUUGCUGGCUUUACAGAUUGAAAAUCUUGGCGCUGUAAAGGAGCUUUUUUGACAAAAAUAAACAAUUUUCAGUAAAUUUUUGUUUUGGCGGGCGGGCUCUGAUGCUUCCAGGUUUCAGCUGGUGGGUGGGGUGGAAGAUGGUUAGAAGUUUAGGAUUUCAUUUCGGUUGUCAACGUUGAAUUUUCUCUUGGUCUUUUGUCGCCCCACAACCCCAAUGAUCUGUUGUGAAGGAACGUGCAACAUGACUAAAGGACUGUUUCACGUUCCCUCAUUUGGUAACUCCCCCCUCCCCCCUACUAUAUGUGGAAUCCAGUGCACCAAAAUGAUUUUAACUCUUAUAAUUCCUUAAAUCUGCAACGACUGCCUGCACGCUUAUUUCCAGGACGUUUUGAAUUCACAAAGGUAUUAAAACAUCUGAAAAGCUCACAAAGAAUUGGGAUGUGGGUGAAGGCUGAAAACAAAUAAUUCGACCUCAUGCUUCUGUGGCAUGAUUUCCUGUUAAGUCUACAUACGUUUAUACAUAACAAGCAACUUGUUUCAGUUUCUCUGCUGGUUUAGUUUGUGUUUUGUCAAGUGUCACUGGUUUUUUUAGAAGUAACCGCUUUGAAGUUAAAUGUCUGCUUAGGUUUUCAUUUGUUUUUUGUCUUUACAGACUUUUCAGACCACUGGAGUCUUCUCGACUAGUGUCUCUGGCAAUUUAUUAGUAAUAAACAUUCUCCUUUGUA